AUGGACUCCACAAGAAGCAUCUCUGCUUUGAACGAAGAUAUCAUAGUUGAGCAGCUACUUCGUACCCAUGAUCCAGACGGUCGCUGGAUUGAUUCCGAAAUGCUGCUUCAAGAAGUUGAAGCCAUCUUGAGCUUUGUUCUGGAAAGUGAUGUGAGGCUCUCUACCCCUUUGGCUUGUUCUAGUCUUCAGAUACUUGUCUAG